UUGGAACUGUGGUUGCCGCGCAAUAAACACGCUUAUAAGCUGUGCGCGUUGGCCAUAAACCCAGAGCCAUGACGCCAUUCAGGGCUCUCAGAGGCGGCUCGGGCGGUGAUUGCCGAGAGAAUCCCUCCGUUGACAAGAUCCCGGUGCGACCCAUCAUCCAUCGAGACUACACGACGCAAAACGCCUACCCCGACGAGAUUGUGCCCAGAGGGUCAAUUUCCGUCGUCAGGGAAAGAAAACGGAGUGCCGAGUCCCGAUCACGUCCCCAAAUCCACCGCCAUGGAGGUUUAUCUUGUCCGUCUGUGGAAGUCCUCUCUUGCCCCCGUGCAUUGCUCUCAAUCUCGAUCGUGUUUCUCUCUCUUCAGAGCACCGCGGCCAAGGGGCGAGCCUUGAUCGCUUCGGACCUCAAUACACGGAUAAAGUUUGGGUGAGAAGCUGGAGCUGGAGUCGGAGUAGCAGGAGGGGUUGUUUAGUGGAGAGGUUGUGAUUUGUGGGGUUAUCAGUAUGAGUCCGGACAGCGGCAGAAGCCCUCCUCGAGCACGUCGGUUCCGCACCGAGCGCAUGUCCUAUCGUGACGCCCCCUACGAGAGGGAACGCCGCAGCUACCGGGAUUAUCUCUGCAAUAACUGUAAGCGUCCUGGACACUAUGCUAGAGACUGUCCAAAUGCAGCUGUCUGCAACAAUUGUGCACUCCCAGGGCACAUUGCAGCAGAGUACACUACAAAGACCCUGUGCUGGAAUUGCGAGGAGCCUGGACAUGUUGCCAGUGAGUGCAGCAAUGAACCUGUCUGCCACAUGUGUAACAAAACAGGCCACCUGGCUCGAGAUUGCCACAGCUCAAGAUUAGUCCCCUUCAACUCCAGGCUCUGCAAAAACUGCUACAAGCCAGGCCAUAUUGCCACAGACUGCACCAAUGACAAGGCUUGGAACAACUGCCGCAAGACUGGUCACCUGGCUCGUGAAUGCCCUAACGACCCAGUAUGCAAUAUCUGCAAUGUUUCAGGCCAUGUGGCAUGCAACUGUCCCAAGGCAAGCGUGGCAUCAGAGAUCCAAGGUGGGCCCUUCUGCGGCAUCAUAUGCCAUAUCUGUGGCCAGCCAGGUCACAUCAGCCGUGACUGUCUUGGUAUUGUUGUCUGCAACAACUGUGGUGGGCGCGGCCAUCUGUCUUAUGAGUGCCCCUCUGGCAGGUUUUUGGGUGAUGAUCUUCGAAGAUACUUAUGGUAAACUUGGUUCCAUUGUUGGGUAUCGGAUGCUGCAAGGUUGGGCUGCUGUGACUAUUCUAGUUGAUGCUUUUUCCGAAAUUUUGGGUUCAUGUUAUUGAGGAGGUGUUUACUCUGGUGGGCAUAUAUUUUGGCCAGAAUUGAAGAUUGAAACUUCUUUGCUUGAGCUGAUAUAGAAUAUUCUGACAUUUUUACGUUUUUCUUUUCUUCUCUUACA